AUGUCGAAGGAGACGUUCGUCUUCACCUCCACGUCGCUGCGAGCUCUCAGACUGGAGCAGGAGCUCCAGGAGUGGGAGGAUUCCCGUCGGGCCCUGGCUCACAGGAGAGCCAUGACCAGGGCCCCGCUGCCUCGGGCCCCCAGGCCCCCGCCUCGGCAGCAGCGGCUCCAGGAGGUCCGCGCCCCUCCGCCCCAGCUCCGCUGCAGGGACACGGCCGUCCACAACACCUUCAUGUGCGGGGACAUGAGAGGAGUGUACGAGGUGCUGAGGGAGCCCGGCAUGGUCAACGCCCUGAUGGAGACGGUGCAGGAGGAGAUGGUGUGGACCCCAGAGAUGGGCAUGUGGACGCUGAGCUCCAGGGUGAAGCAGACCUCGGCCCUGCGCCUGGCGGCCGGCAGAGGCCACGCCGGCUGCGUGGAGGAGCUGCUGUUCCGUGGGGCCGAGGUCAACGCCGACCCCGGGGGCAGCACGGCCCUCCACGACGCCUGCGCCGGCGGCCACGCCGUCUGCGUCCAGCUGCUGCUGUCCCACGGGGCCGACCCCGACCUGCUGGCCGCGGACGGCAGCGCUCCUCUGCACCUCUGCACCUCGGCUUGGUCUCUCCACUGUGCUCAGCUGCUUUUAGACGAGGGUGCAGAGGUCAACUUGCGGACCGGCGAGUCCAGGCUGACGCCGCUGCACGUGGCGGCCCGCCGGGGCCUGGAGGAGCACGUGGAGCUCUUCCUCCGUCACGGGGCCGACGUUCUGGCCACGAACCGCGAGGGCGAGACCCCCCUGAACGCCGCCUGCUCCGGGGCGGAGCGGCCGUCCGAGGCCGGACGGUACCUGCGCGUGGUCCAGAUGCUGCUGGGGGCCGGGGCCGACCCCCGGACGGCCGGCAGGAAGCGGCACACCCCGCUGCACAACGCCUGCUCCAACUGCUGCCACCGGAUCGUGGAAAUCCUCCUGCAGCACGGAGCCGAGGCCGAGGCUGAGAACUGCGCGGGAUACACACCCAUGGACUGUUUGCUGCAGGUAGUGGAGGAUUACCCGGAUCAGCAGCCUGAAGCGGUCGCCCGAUCACUCCUGAACCACGGGGCCGCCAAAGUUUCACCGAAGAUGCUGAAGCAGUGUGUCCUCUCUCCUGCCACGCUGGAGGUGAUGCUGAACUCGUACACGUCCGUCCCUCCCUGCGAUUGGCUGGACUCCCUGCCGGCUGACCAGUCCGAGGAGCACCGGGCCUUCUUCCACCUGGUGCGCCAGCGGAGCGGCCAGCCUCGCUCCCUGCAGCACCUGAGCCGCUGCGCCUUGCGUCGGCACCUGGGAGGCCGGUGCCAGGCGGCGCUCAGCAGACUGGACAUUCCCUGCUCCAUGAGGGACUACCUGCUGCUGUGCAACGACGGGACCCUGCACUGACGACGCACAGUCUCUGGCCGAGAUUCAUCCUUCUGUCUUGAUAACGACUCUUCUUCUGUCAACUUGAAAUACUUGAACCGUGUGAUCCAGACAGUCGAAACGAUGAAUUAAACUUGUCGCUCUAUUUGACCGGCUGGUGAGUUUCGAAGGAGUUUGAAAAAGUGUCUUCAUAUUUGUAUGGUUGCCAGUUUUGUUAUAAACUUUUAAAGCUGAAGGUGAGGGACGGACAGAAAGCCCUGCCAACAACAGCAGAAAACAAAACACUACUAGUGUGAAAACACAGCAAAAUUACGCAAGAAAUUAAAACAGGGGAACCAAACAACAGAAUUCAAAUGACAGAAGAUGACACAGAUUGAGGGAACUUAGGUUUCUAGCUGCUUUCAAAGGUUUUACUGAUCGCUGAUGACGACAUAAAUCACAUUAUCAUUCUUCUAAUUUUACAUCUACACCGGUCAGAGGUCAGGGCAAACUCCUCCAGUUUUUGGACUCAGUAGUCUGCAGGCUAAAACACAAAACUCUGUCUGUGAUUGAAGGACUUCAUCUUCUUUUGGUCUCUAAUUCCUGCUAAAAAAAUGUACAUUUCCAUUCACUGGAAGUCUCCUCCAACACAGUAAAGUCUGCACUGACCCUGUUCUGAACCGCCACUCACACACUGUCAUGUACACAACACGAGAGCCACACUAUUCUUGUUUCACACCUUACUGCUACAACUAUUAAGCUUAACAUGCCAAAUUUCACAGAUGAAAGUUAGGCAAGACAAAUUUAUUUCUGUAACAUCAGACACAAGGUAAGACAUUAAAACAAAAACGAUUAGAAACAUUUAUUUUCGGCCAUUAAGAUUAUGAAAACCAUUCAAACAAGGGGAUAAAGAACAGCACUAAAAGGAGAAUAAACAAAGUUGGAGCUUCAUCAAGACACAGGAAUUUAAAUCAGCAAAGUCUAUUGUUUAAUGAAUUUAGAAGAAAUGAAUGAGCUCCUUUAUUUUGAUGUUUGUGGGCCCUCGGUUGAUUGUUAAAUGUGACGAUGCUGCUAUCUAGUGGUGCCUCGCAGGACUCUCAGUCAAAACAUACCGCAAGUGGAGAUGAAUGUACCUGUUUCUUAUUUAUUUACAAGCCAAUCUGUCUUUUAAGGCUUUUUUUAAAGUCCCCAAUUAGCCUAUUGAUUCCAGGUCUGAUUCCCCGUUUCCCCAGAUUUAAUGUGUCAAAGUGUCCUUGAGCAAGACACUGAAUCUCAAAUCGCUCCCAGUGGCAAUAGCAAGGCAGCUAUGUGGUGACCAAGGGUGAAAUUCCAUUAACAUAACACUGUAGUAUUCAUGAUAUUUUGCAUUGGGCAACAUCUUUAUGAAAAACAGGGACAAAGCCAUUGAUAAGCCUUGUAUGACACUUUCUGCUACUUCAGGAAUAUCUUGUCCUGCAAGAUGAGCAGGAUGGGUGUUGUUUGACAUGAAGACCACUAACUUUGCAUGACAGGAGUGAAACUUGUAGAGUUGGUUGUGUUUGUGAAAACACGAUGCUUGUGACGGUUUUUCACUCUUCACAGCGGCUUGUGAUGACAAUAGCUAAAAGGGUUACAGCGUUGUGCGCUUUGACACACUCAAAGCUGCUGAGCAUGUGAGAAAAUGAACGACAUUUUUGCUCAGUGACAGGAAAGGGUGAUUGUGGUUACUGUUCGUGAACUCGGUCGGACAAGCAGUCGUGAUUUCCCUAAAUGUUCUGUGGCACUGCUGUUUAGCUUUCUUUUAUUAAUGUAAUUCUAUGGAGCAGCUUGGAGCUUUUCCUAAAUGAGUUUAGUGAAAACAUUUACUUCUGAAUUUCUGUGCCUCAGCAAAACUGGCAUGUCAGAAUGAAGUGUAGUGGGACGCUGUACACUGGCUGAGUGCCGUCUGGAUCGCACAGCUGACGGAGGCUGUUGGGAGGCUGGAUGAUGCUUUGAGGCUGAACAGCAUGGAGACACUACAGGACGGUGUCGGGACACUGCCAGACAGUGUGUGGUGUCGGGAUGAUUGGCACGAAAGCCAUCUCUGCAAUGUCCCACUCUAAAAAUGAAAAUAAA